CCAGGCCCCGCCUCUCGCGCUCUGCGUCAUUCAGCUGUUGUCAAUAAAGUUGUAGCGAUUUGUUGUUGCGGCGGACAACAUGGCGGCCUCCACGCUGGGGUCGCUGCUGCGGACCUUCCGGCAGAUACUUCCUUCAUCAGCUUCCAGCCAAGUGCGAGGUUACUACGUAGACUGGAAAAUGUUACGUGAUGUGAAGAGAAGAAAAACAGCCUAUGAAUAUGCCGAUGCGAGGCUGCGGAUCAAUUCGCUUAGAAAGAAUACCAUUUUGCCAAAAGAUCUUCAGGAAGUGGCUGAUGAAGAAAUCGCUGCCCUUCCCCGGGACAGCUGUCCUGUUAGAAUUAGAAACCGCUGUGUUAUGACAUCCCGUCCCCGUGGAGUGAAGCGGCGCUGGAGGCUUAGUCGUAUCGUCUUCCGUCAUUUAGCUGACCACGGCCAGCUUUCAGGGGUCCAGCGAGCCAUGUGGUAAAUCAGUGCCAGAAGCUGCUGAGCAUUCAGCAAAGAAGACUUUCCUAAUAAACAAAACCCUCAUUUUUAAAGGGGUUCAGUAUAUUUAUCCAUGUGAUGCUGUCUGUAAUUAAAUUACUUUUUAAGUUUUAUAUGAAGAAAUUGAAAUGUUUGUCAGUGAAUUACCUUUUUGAUUUAAUAGUCAUACCAUUUUCACAUAGAGCACAACCUAGAAUAAAACGUAUGUUCUGUGAAAA